CACUCUCCUCUCCUCUCUGUGUCGUCUCCAGCCACAGCAGAAGACAGCAUCCAUCCAUCAUGGCCAACUUCUCGGUCCGCUCUUCCUCCAAGUCAGUCAGGACUUCCAUGGGAGGCUCUGGCGGCUCCCUGAUCGGUGUCGGUGGGGGUUCACGGAUCUCCAUGAAAGCUGGCAGUGUGUACGGAGGAGCAGGUGGUUAUGGAAGCCGUAUCUCCUCUUCCUCCAUGGGUGGUGGCGGCGGUGGCUAUGGUGGAGGAUACUCAGCCUCCAUGAGCUACAGCGUCUCCGGCAUGGACGACAGCCUCAUCGGCAACGAGAAGUUCACAAUGCAGAAUCUGAACGACCGUUUGGCCACCUACCUGGCCAAGGUGCGCUCCCUGGAGAAGGCCAACGCCGAGCUGGAGCUGAAGAUCAGGCAGUUUGUGGAGAGCAAGGUCGGCCCCACCACCAGGGACUACAGCGCCUUCUACGCCACCAUCGCUGACAUCACCGGCAAGAUUCAGGCCGCCAUCAGGCUGAAUGGAUCCGUCCACCUGAGCAUCGACAACGCCCGCCUGGCCGCAGAUGAUUUCAGGACCAAGUAUGAGAACGAGCUCGCCAUGCGUCAGUCGGUGGAGGCCGACAUCGGCGGGCUGAAGAGGGUCCUGGAUGAGCUGAACAUGGCGAAGGGAGACCUGACGAUGCAGAUCGAGGGUCUGAAGGAGGAGCUGAUCUACCUGAAGAAGAACCACGAGGAGGAGCUGCUGGCGAUGCGCGCUCAGAUGAGCGGCCAGGUGCACGUGGAGGUGGACGCCGCUCCAGCAGAGGACCUCUCCAGGAUCAUGGCGGAGAUCAGAGAGCACUACGAGGGCAUCGCCGCCAAGAACCAGAAGGAGCUGCAGGCCUGGUUCACCUCCAAGACGGAGUCUCUGAACAAAGAGGUGGUCACUCAGACUCAGACGCUGCAGACGUCCAGGUCAGAGGUCACGGAGGUCAAACGGACGCUGCAGUCUCUGCAGAUCGAGCUGCAGUCGCUGCUGGGCAUGAAAUCGUCUCUGGAGGGAAAUCUGGCUGAGAUACAAAGCCGCUACUCCAUGCAGCUGUCCGGGUACCAGAUGCAGGUGACGUCGCUGGAGGAGCAGCUGAUGCAGCUGAGGGCCGACCUGGAGAGACAGGGACAGGAGUACCAGAUGCUGCUGGACAUCAAGACCAGACUGGAGAUGGAGAUCGCCGAGUACAGGAGGCUGCUGGACGGAGAGGCGAGCACCAGCGUCUCCUCCCUCAGCUCCUCCUCUUCCACUUCCACUACAACAAAGCGCGUUGUGACAGUCGUGGAGGAGGUGGUUGAUGGGAAGGUGGUGUCCUCCUCCACCUCCUCCUCCGCCUCGGCCUCCGCCAUCUCUGGUCGCUCCUACCGCUGAGCCGCUGCAGAGGGCGCCAGCCCUUCAUCAUCAUCAUCAUCAUCAUGAUCUGAAUCUGAUGUUCAACAAGAAAUAAAAUGAGAGUCC